AUGCGACGCCCGAACGCCCCUCCCUCUCCCCUCGCCGAGGACGGACGUGUCGAGAUCUGCACGCUCCAGGUCAACAUCGCUGAUCUGACCAACCUCGACCUCGAUUCUUGUCUUGAUCGCAUCUCCCAUCACUACCUUUGCCUCCUAACGACACUCGACGACCUCGUCAUCGACCACCAUGGCGCACAGCGUAACAGGCAUUCGGGCACCGUAUGCCGAGGGCCUGCCCGGGUUCUCGAGGACGCUCGCUCGCCCGCUGAAAUCGAGUGCGAGGAGCGCCGAGUGUCUCUCUCCUCAACCGCAUCCGAUGAGCCUCUCCGCCCACAGCGCAUGAGCUAUGCGGGUCCGUUACCCUCCAUCCCGAAGAGCAAGGGCAAUGAGUGGAAGCGCCGCACAGCGCCGGUGGGCAUGAUGGGCCUGAGUGGGAUGCACACGCCGCCUCUGAGUCCCAAGACGCCCGCGCGACGUGCCGGAUCUCCGGCGGCGCUGAUCGGGGCCGCGAUGCUGGGACAGGCUGGCCCCACGCCGCCGUCGAGCACGGCUGGAUCGCCGACGCCCUUCAGCACCACGCCCGGACGGACUGUCGGCCGGCCGGUGAGUGCCCGGUUCGCGCGCUCGAAUACGCCGUCCAUCUCCUCGCCGGCUAGCUCGCCCGCGCCCUCGCCCAGUAGCGCACACAAGGUGCGCCCGUGGGAGAAACAGCUGUCGGGACUCAGUGCGGCCCCGGAACGGUCCGACUCGCUCGAGACCACUGCCUCUGCGGCAUCGACAAUCUCGACGUACAGCUACGAUGUGCAGGUCGUGCACGCGGCCAAGGUGUCGACGCACGAGGGCGUGCUGGCCAGUCCUAUCCUGGGCAAAGCGGCCAGCCUCAAGAGCCGGCCCACGUCCCUCUCAGCUUCGACUAGCCGUCUGUCCGUUCCCCCCUCCAAGCCUCUGGACGAAGAGGAGGAGGGCGAGGAUAGCUUCCUGGCAUACCUGAACCCUGCAGCGGGGGCAGAGGAACUCGAGCCCAUCCUCGAGAUCAUCAAACCCACACCCACAGGGGACGAGAAGAAGGAGGCCGAGAUGCUCUGGCUAGUAGAGAACAUCUCAGGACACCAAUUCUACGUCCCCGAUUCGGACGUCAUCGCCGUCUCGGAGGGGGAACAUCGCAGACUGCGAGCGCGGGAGAACCGCCACUUCUGGCCCGUGUACGCGUCACAACUCGAGUUUCUCUCCCUGCGGCGGCGGGACAUUCGCCGCCGGCAUCGCGCCACACUGGCCCACUCCAGGGGUGGGGAGACGCCCAGCUCGUUACUUGUUGAAUUCACGGAUCGGUUCGAGUACGCCGACGACAGCCACGAGCCACCACUCCCGGGACAGCAUGAGGCGGCCCUCAAUGCGGCGUUCAGGAGUUUAAGGAAGGCGGAGGGUCUGCCUGCUGAAGACGUAGUUCUCUCCGAUGACGGGGGGAUGGUCACCCUACGCAGCGCGGAGCAAGUUGCGGGAAUGCUGAGGGGUGGGUGGUUUGAGUGCGACGAGGAGUUCUGGGAGGAUGCCAAGGCUUCUGUCUGA